UUCAAAAAUUCAAGACAUAAUUUCACAAAGAAACAAAAAAAGUAUUCUUAUCAACCAAGGACCUCCUGAACGGUACAAACUGGUAACAAACAAACAGAGACUGGACAAGGAUGAUAAACUCAGAAGAUGUACCUUUGGGGAGAGAGAUCCCACCAAGGUCAACAAAAACAUUCUGGUAGUGGGAGAGACAGGAACAGGGAAGUCAACUCUGAUCAAUGUAAUGGUCAAUUAUGUCCUGGGUGUAGAGUGGGAGGACAAAGUCUGGUUUGAGAUUGUGGAGGAGAAAAUAGAGGAGGAAAAAAAAAAGACUGAAAGUCGAACUACAGCGAUCACUGUUUAUGAGGUAUUCGGGUUUGAGGGCCUGAGAGUCCCCUACUCUCUCACCAUCAUUGACACUCCUGGGUAUGGAGACACCAGAGGGAUUGGAGAAAACCAACUGAUUGCUGAAAAAAUGUUUGAGUUGUUAAGGUCUACAGAUGGGAUUCAUCAAAUUGAUGCUGUUGGUUUAGUGGUGAAGUCAAGUGCAAAUCGACUCACUGUUGAACAGAGGUACAUAUUUGAUGCAGUUUUGUCUUUAUUUGGCAAAGACAUGGAGAAGAACAUCGUGGCCCUCAUCACACACUCAGAUGGUGUGGAACCUACUAAUGCUCUACAGGCCUUAGAAGAUGCUCAUGUCCCCCUUGCAAAAGAUGACAGCAAUCAAUCUAUAUAUUUCCUAUUCAACAACUCUCAAAUAAAGAGUCUUACCUCUGCAAAAGCAACCCAGGCCAAGAAAGAAGAACGUAUCUUGAAGAAUUUAUGGGACCUAUCAAAGGACGGCAUGGAGGAAUUCACAGAGUUCCUGGAUAGAAUAACACCUCAAAAUCUGAAGAUGACUGAAGGAGUACUGAGAGACCGCAAACAGCUAGAAGCAUGUAUCAGCAACUUGCAUGAGCGGAUUGAAAUGAUUGAUCUGAAACAGAAUGAAAUCAAGCAAACUCAAGAAGCCCUGGAGAAACACAAGAAAGAAAGGGACGAAAACAAGAACUUUUCAUACACUUUUGAAGAGCCUUACAAAGAGAAAGUACCAAUAGAAUCAUCAUGGUGGCGUUUUACUAAACAGGCUACCACAUGCAGUGUCUGUAAGGAGAACUGCCACUAUCCAGACUGCUGGUGGGUUACUGAUCUCUCAUGGUGUAGUGUGAUGAAAGAUGAACACUGCAUUGUGUGUACUGGGAAUUGUCACUACACCAAGCAUGACAAAGAAAACUAAAAAUAUGUUAUCAAGACCAGACUGGUUCUUAACACACAUGAAGAUUUGAAAAAUAUGUAUGAAAUCAAUAAGAAAGCGGCUGGGGAGAAAGGGACUCUGAUCAGUAGACUCCAGACAGAGUUGGAGCAGUUCACACCUGAGAAAGCCAGACUGGUGGAAGAAUCCUACCAGUGUGUCAUCAAACUGGAAGAGAAAGCCUUAAAUACCAGCUCACUGUCCACUGCUCAGCAUCUGGACUUCCUGAUUGAGAAGGUGAAGGAGACAGGAAACACAGAGAAGGUUCAGAAACUGGAGGAGAUGAAGAAGAGAGCUAAGAAGGAACACAAUGGAGUAAUGAGUUACUUCAGAACUGGAUAUAAUUGAGUUAGGAGUUAACGGAUGGUGGGGCGCAUUAUUCAUUUAUUCUGAAUUGUGGGAUAAUUAUCUCAGUGCUUUUUUCUCAGAUGUUGAGUAUUGUACAUGUAGCCUAUCUAGUAACUUAGCCUAUCUAAUAAAACAUAAUUAUAUUUUAAAUCAGAUAAAACAUUAUUUUGUCACUUGAACAUCAUUGUAUCUGAAUGCAUUACUCAUCUCAUAUGUAUAUACUGUAUUCUAUACUAUUCUACUGUAUCUUAGUCCAUGCCGCUCUGACAUUGCUUG